AUAUUUUCCCGAAGAUUCGAGUGCUAUAAAUGUCCGAGGAUCACUUGAACGCAUCACUUCGGCAGGACUCGGUCGAGCACACUGCUGGUGUGUCGAUGCUGUGACAAGUGACGGCGAUCAUACCUUAGAUCAGCAUGGAGGACCCCACACAGGCUGCAGCUGCAGCAGCAGAGUCUCCAACAUCCACCUUCUCCCAGGUGGUGUUCGUCGACAUACCCCACUCAUACCCACCUUCAACCAACAUCACCUGCUGCUACACCCUCAAUGCUGCCUUCCAGCCCAGCCCCCGAGACUGGGUGGGGAUAUUUAAGGUUGGAUGGAGCACAACAAAGGAUUAUCAUACCUUUGUGUGGGUGGAGCCGUGCCUGGAUGUGGUGGGGCAGCAGACGAAGUCGAGACAGGCUGUUUUCAGGGAUUACUACCUGCCGAAGGAUGAGAUUGAGUUCUACCAGUUCUGCUACGUCGACGGCACCGGACAGGUCCGAGGAGCCAGCACUCCCUUCUGCUUCAGAAACCCAGCUGAGCGAAGCAUGGAGAGCAGCCAGGACGAUGAACUCCUGGUCAUCACAACGCAGGAGCAGCUCGAACAGAGCGGCCGCAUGAAGGCUGAACUGCAGAGAGAGCUGGCUCAGAAAAUGGAUGAAAAUGAAACCUUGAAGAGAGCUCUAGAGAAGGAACAGCAGGACGCCGCCAGCUUGAGGGGGCAGAUUGAAGACAGCGAGAAAGAGAAGAGUGAACUGGGCAAAGAACUGGAUCACAUCAAGGGAGAAAAUCAAGACUUGAGAGGCAACUUACAGCAGCAGCUGAAGGAAACAGACCAGUUCAAGGAGCUGCUGGCCCAGAUGACAAAACAGAUGGAGGAACGUAACGCUGCUGAGCAGAGAAGUGCAAGCUUCAGUUUGGACGGAGCAUCAAGACAAAACGAGGCACAAGCUAAGGAGAAGUACGACCGAGCUGUGGUGAAGAUCAACCAGCUGAAAGAGGAGCGCGGUGAGCUGAGGAGGAAGGUCGAUGCUCAGGACGAUGAGAUUGCCAGGCUCAAUUCCAAAAUCCGAGAAGACGAAAGGGAACUGUUCAAACUGAACGACAGCGUCCAGCUUCUGCAGGUUGACGUUAAGAGCAGCGAGAAAGAGAAGGAGAGGCUCCUCACAGAUCUGCAGAGGCUGCAGGGCCUCGUGCACGACAUGGACAACAUGAAGAGAGAGAACCUGGAUCUAAGUCGGAGGCUGUCGCAGCAUGAGGUGGUGCAGACCUGCCAAGAUGAUGAUCUGAAGGGGCGGUGCCAGGCUCUUGCCCGCCAGCUACAGGAAACUCAGGAGAAGUUGGCGGCUGAGAAGGAGGAGUCCAGAAACAUCAGGAGCCGAGGCGAUUUUCUGGAAAGAGAGCUGCAUGACAUCAGGGAGCAGCUGGAGAAACAGGUCUCAGCUCACGAGGAGGCCCAACGGAUGAAGACUAAAUUCGAGCUUAUGCUCAGAGAGGCACAUGAAGCGAUCGCAGACAAAGACAGCCUCAUAGAAGACAACGAACGCAUGACGAAGUUUUUGAAAGAGGAGAAAGACGAGUACGCCAGAGAAAACCAGAACCUCCAAAAUGAUAUCGAGGAGCUGCGCAGAGCUUACACCGAGCUCCACGCAGCGUCCCCCGCUGACACAACAUACCCUCACGCACAGCCUGGCAACAACUCGCCAGCUGGAAAUACGUCUUUUACAUCGGAACAAAUGGAGACGGCUGGGCAGGCUGGUGAUAACCUGUAUGAGAACAUAGAGGGUGUUGAGGAACCAGAGGUAGAGGCGUUGGUGUGUCGUCACUGCCAGGAGAGCUUCCCUCUCAUAACCCGCCAGGAGCUUGAGCAGCACGAGCAGAGCCACAGAAUCUGCCCGUUCUGUACGAUGAUCUGUGACAACAUGGAGCAGUCCGUGUUCGAAGAUCACGUCUACGGCCAUGAGCUGUGAGAAUGGGCGCCGGGCCAAAACCUCUCGCUGGGGAUCAUUUAUAUGACUGGAGGAAAAAAAAAUGUCUUACAAGUUGGGUGUGUGAAGGAUCAGACUGAUAUUUUUGCAUUAUUUUACUAAUUAACUGCAAAUUAUAUAGACUUUACAUUAUUGUUUUUCCAAACCUCUAACUCAUGAGGUCAGUGUGCAGCAUGAAUCAGCUGGCAGGAGAAGUGAAACCUGCCUGAGUCACAUAAUCCAUCACAGUGAACAUCAUGUCCUCUUUUAUUUUGGUCAGAUGUUAAAAAUAAAAUAACAAACUCCUGGUAAGAUUUGGAAAAUUAACAGCACUACAGUGUUUGUGAUUAGUGGUAAAUAGGCUAAAAUAUCUAAGUGGAUGAAAUCUUAAUUGAAAAUGAAGCUUUGCACAUUUAAACCUGAAUAUAUUAACCACAAUGCUGCAUUUACAGUACAAUAUAGCUUUGGAACUACAGUAUCCUCUCUCAGAGGAAUUAUUGAUCCAUUAUAACCAGAUCACAUUGUUUAUUUUGUUGAUUUUAAAGUGUAUAUGACAGAACAAAUUGUUGAUAUGCGGUUAAGAUAUGUAACAGCUGAUUUAUAUGAAUGGAUGAAUGUAAGGGUGUUUAAAUAUUACUGCUGGCACAAUAAAAAUGCGGAUGCUGAA